AUGGAGCUAGAACUCCCGACAUCGCCUCCGCCUCCAGAACAGACCCUUGCUGCACGCCGAGCGAAACGUCAAGCGAUCCUAGCGAAGUAUGCGGGAAUCUCCAGCACCGCUCUCAGCAGCCAAGGAGUGUCACCAAGUCCUGGACCUAGCAGUGCGGUCGAGCCGCCUACGAGUGCUUCCACUUCUAACUCAAUAUCUCAGUCUCACAGCGCCAUCGGGACUCCCGGAUUUUCUGACAUCGAACCCAAGGCGAAUCUCAACGGCAACCUUCCCAAGCGUGAGUCUACGUCGAUGUCCCCGACGCCUACUGCCUUCUCCCUGGCGAAGGAGCAAGAAGAAACAAAGUCGCGUGUACAAGAUGGUGCAGACGGGCAGGUUUUGGCCGCCGAUUACGAUCCCAGUCUGGAUCGUCGCGAGGACGAGCAAAGGCGAGUGCUCGGCGUGAAAGACGAGUCUUCAGAUAAUAUGCAAGUGAUAGAGGAAGAAGAGGAAGAAGAGGAAGUCGAUGACAUGUUUGCUAUCAUCACGACAGAAACGAGGAAGAAGACUAAGAAGGUCAAGAAAGUUAUUAUUGCAGCUCCGGCACUGAUCACUACAACGCUGGAUUCCGCCGCUGACUCCGAAGGAUACUACCAAAUCAUACUGGGCGAGCAGCUCGACGGCGGUCUUUAUCAAGUGUUCUCUUCGUUAGGAAAAGGAAUGUUUGCCAAUGUCGUGAGAGCUCGUAUUUUACAAGGCGAUCCCAGUGAAGUCGGCAAGGAGGUUGCUAUCAAGAUUGUCAGGUGUCAGGAAUCUAUGUACAAAGCUGGUCUGAAGGAAGUGCAGAUUCUGAACAAGCUCAAGCAAGCGGACCCGGAUGACAAGAAACAUAUUGUGCGUCUGGAGCGGACGUUCGAACAUCGGGGCCAUCUAUGUUUAGUGUUUGAGUCCAUGAGUAUGAAUCUCCGAGAUGUCGUUAAACGCUUUGGCAAAGACGUCGGGCUAAAUAUCAAAGCCGUACGCGCAUAUGCACAUCAACUUUUCCUUGCCUUAAGUCUAUUGAGGAAAUGCAAUAUCAUGCACGCUGACAUCAAGCCUGAUAACAUCCUUGUGAAUGACCAGAAGACGUUGUUGAAAUUAUGUGAUCUCGGCUCAGCUUCCGAUGCUUCUGAGAAUGAGAUUACUCCGUACCUUGUCAGCAGGUUCUAUCGAGCACCAGAAAUCAUCCUUGGCGUUCCGUACGACCCUGCACUUGACAUCUGGUCUGUCGGCUGCACGCUUUACGAGUUGUACACCGGGAAGAUCCUCUUUCCGGGCCGCUCCAACAACCAUAUGCUGCUUCUCAUGAUGGAGCUCAAAGGCCGAUUCAACUCGAAGAUGAUUAAGCGAGCAAGAUUCGGGAACCUGUAUUUCAACGAUUUGGGAGCAUUCCAAAGCGUAGAGAAGGAUCGCGUGACGGGAACCGACGUGAUUCGCCAAGUGCAUAUCACGGCCCCCGUGAAGGAUCUACGUCAGCGGCUUAUGCCACCUGCUUCGGUCAAGCUGAAGGACGACGAGGCGAAGAUGCUCACGUCAUUCAUAGACCUUCUCGAUAAGUGUCUGGCAUUGGACCCUGCGAAGAGAAUUACUCCCAAGGAGGCGCUCAUCCACCCGUUCAUUCGAGGUUAA